GCGGAGAACGCUCGCGUGACCCUCGCGGCUUUCCCGCGCUGCGCCGCCGCUUCCUUCUCCUCAGACUGCCGUCAGCCUGCGCGCCGGCUCCGUUAUGGCGAACCUCAGCCCCAGUGUCGUGAUUAGUGAUGAUGAACCUGGUUAUGACCUAGAUUUAUUUUGUAUACCUAAUCAUUAUGCUGAGGAUUUGGAAAAGGUGUUUAUUCCUCACGGAGUAAUUAUGGACAGGACUGAACGGCUUGCUCGAGAUGUGAUGAAGGAGAUGGGAGGCCAUCACAUUGUAGCACUCUGUGUGCUCAAGGGGGGCUAUAAAUUCUUUGCUGACCUGCUGGAUUAUAUCAAAGCAUUGAACAGAAAUAGUGAUAGAUCCAUUCCUAUGACUGUAGAUUUUAUCAGACUGAAGAGCUACUGUAAUGACCAGUCAACAGGGGACAUAAAAGUGAUUGGUGGAGAUGAUCUCUCAACUUUAACUGGAAAGAAUGUCUUGAUUGUUGAAGAUAUAAUUGACACUGGCAAAACAAUGCAAACCUUGCUUUCCUUGGUCAAGGAGUAUAAUCCAAAGAUGGUCAAGGUCGCAAGCUUGCUGGUGAAAAGGACCCCUCGAAGUGUUGGUUAUAGACCAGACUUUGUUGGAUUUGAAAUUCCGGACAAGUUUGUUGUAGGAUAUGCCCUUGACUAUAAUGAAUACUUCAGGGAUUUGAAUCAUGUUUGUGUCAUUAGCGAAACUGGAAAAGAAAAAUAUAAAGCCUACGAUGAGAAUUCAAGUUGAGUUUGGAAACAUCUGGAGUCUCAUUGAAAUCACCAGUAAAAUUAUCAGAUGUUCUAGUUCUGUGGCCAGCCGCUUAGUAGAGCGUAUUGCAUGUAUCUUCUAAAAAUUUUAUCUGUUUUAUUUCAGAGAUGUUAGUUGCUGCAUUCCUGAACUCUUUAUUUGCACUAUGAGCCUGUAGACUAUCAGUUCCCUUUGGGUGGAUUGUUGUUUGACUUGUGAAUGAAAAAUCUCUUAAGCCACACCACUAUUGAAUGAAAAUAUUGAAAUUGUAUCUGUAAGAAACAUUUAAAGAGAAGAUAUAUUAGUUUUUUAAUUGGUAUUUUAAUUUUUUUAUAUUCAGGAAAGAACAGAAGUGAUUGAAUAUUGUUUAUUAUACCACUGUGUGUUUAGAAAAGUAAAGAAGCAGUUUUCGUUUCAAUGACAGCAUCCAGGAGGUAUUGUUAUGUCGGAUAAACCGUAUGUCCUGGAAUUAUUUUAGUAGUGUUUCAGUAGUAGUAACUAUAUUUUCCCACUUGUUCAGAUAAUUGCUGGUGAAUCUUUGUCAACGGUUCCUUUUAAAUACAAGUCAAUGAAUUCCAAAAAAACUUCACCACUUUUUGAAUUCUUCGAUGUAAAAAUCCUUAAAAUAAAGGCUCUCUCUUUAAAAGAAACUAUGCAUACCUAUCAUUUCUC